CAACAUGGAUAUGGCACUAACGCUUAUUGACGUUUUAAAGUUUGUUGUUUAAGCGACAACAAACUGGGCACCCCUUUGAAAAUGGUACAUUCCACAUCUGACCGUCCAAAACAAAGAUGGCACAUGAUAUGAACUUUAACUAACGUGUCUUCAAGGCGAAAACGAAACCUUACAACCACCGUGUGACUGAAACUGAUCCCUGAGGCUGUAGUAUAACGACCCGUAGUCAUGGCACUGCAGAUAUCAGCUCUACUCUCACAUGUCAGAGCCCCUCUGUGCACCCUGCUCCGUGCUGACUUCCAGGGUGUCAAGUUCAAACACGUGUUGAGUCCUGGACGCCUCCAGCUGGGAGCGAAGCCAGCAACAAGUCCUAGUCCUGUCCGCGGCCAUAUUAAAGCUGUGAAGUUGUCAACGACAGCAGCAGCAGCAGCAGGUCUGUGGAGGUCCAGCCAGGUGAAGGUGUCCUCCUCCUCAUCCCGAGGGAGGAGAGGUUGGCUGGGUCAGGUAGCCCUCUGUGGUGCCGCCCUCCUGGGAGUGAGCACCGGCGCGCUGCUCCAGUCUCUCCACACCGGAACAGUCACCGCCAUGGACCGGAAAGUUAACCUGAACUCCGCUGAGGGAGACUGGAAGGAGACCAAGGACUCCUUGCUGUCCAUGUCUGUGAAGGACAGGCGUCAGCACUACAGGACGUCUAACUCCGUGCCACUGGACGACGUCUCAGUGUGGACUCCCACUGCAGGUGGUUCUGGAAAACCUCUCUAUCAGAGGAAUGAAAAGUUGGACCAGAAGAUUUCCCUCUACAGCGGCGACAUCACCAAGCUGGAGAUAGACGCUAUCGUCAAUGCAGCCAACAAGAGUCUGCUCGGCGGAGGUGGAGUGGACGGAGCGAUCCACCGCGCUGCAGGUCCAAUGCUAAAAAAGGAGUGUGCUUCCCUCCACGGCUGUGAGACCGGAGAGGCCAAGAUCACUUGUGGCUACGGCCUCCCAGCAAAGUAUGUGAUCCACACUGUGGGGCCGAUCGCACAAGGUGGAGUGGGAGAGGAGGAGAAGAAAGCCUUGAGGUCGUGCUACAAUGACAGCCUGAAAACAGCCACCAAACACGCUGCACGCUCUGUGGCUUUCCCCUGCAUCUCCACUGGAAUCUAUGGAUACCCACCUGAGCGGGCUGUGCACGAGGCGCUAGCGACUGUGAGGGAGUAUCUGGAGGAACAUCACGACAAGCUGGACAGAGUCAUCUUUUGUGUGUUCUUGCCGACGGAUAAGGAGCUGUAUAUGCAGAACCUCCCGCUCUACUUCCCUGCUGCCUGACCAAUGACAGCAGCUUAUUGUUCAGCUCCCACAGAGGCCACAGUAAAGAGUAAACUCUAAGAGAGUGGAUUUGUCAGAUUUGGUUGCUGUGGAUACGCUCAACAUCCAGAUUCCUCCUCCUCGCUGUCGUCGCAGAUCAAGACCUUCUUCAGCAGGAGGAUAUCUCCUAAAUAGAUGAUUGCUUUUUUUGAAUUGCACGCUGGCUCUUCUGCAGGUGUUGAUUACUUCCUCUGUUUUCCCCAUGAAUGGUUGAGAGAGGUAUUGUGAUGAAGGUGUGAAAUGAUAGUGAAAAUUCUUAUGAAAAAAUGGACCUUAAGCUGCACUCUAACUUAACCUUUAUUGUCUGUGAUCGCUGGUAGCUUUGCAUCCAGCUAUGAGUUGUGUGUCCUGUGCUAUUUGGAUAUUGGGAUUACAGUGUGUGUGUGAGACGAUGACAAAAGCUUAUUAAAACAAAUCACACAGGC